AUGGAGCUGCUGCAAGGAUAUCUCCAGAGCAGUGCAGAAGAGACCUUCCCCUUUACCUCCUCCACGCUGCACCCUCUCCGCCAGCAGUGAGAGUGGCUGGAGUGGGAGGACCAGUGCAGGGCAGCAGCUCAGUGGUGGAACCAAAGGUGCCCCCCAAGUUCCUGGGCCCAACUCACUAGGCCUCGCCACUCCUGCCGAGACCCAGCAGUCUACAGUGCCCUGAUCUCCAGUGACCUGCAACAGGUCCAAGCCCUGUUCCAAGAUGAAGACAUUGCCAACAUGAUUGUGGAGACUGUGAGCAACCAGCUGGCCUGGUCGCCUGAACAGGGGUUCUGGGUACUGACCCCUAAGUCCAAGCAGACGGUGCCCUUCACUAUUGCUGUGGCCCAAGGCUAUACCAACUGUGCCAGCCAUCUCAUCUGGCAGAGAGCUCAGCUGGGUGCCUGGGUUGGGGGGCCGGGCAGCCUUGCACCCAGUCUGACUGUGCGGCUGCUGCUGACCUUCAGUGCCAAGGUCAAUGUGUUGUCUGAGGAAGGCACAACACCCUUGCCCCUCUGCACAGCCUCUGGAUCCUUGCAAUACGCCAAGAUGCUGCUAGAGACAGGAGCUACCAUGAACGUGGCUGUGAGGGACAGCAAGGUGACUCUGCACGUGGUGGCAGCACGAGGCCUGGAGGAGCACGUGGCGCUCUACUUGGAGCGUGGAACCAAUGUGAGCCUGUGCACUAGCCGGGGUGAGACAGCCCUGAACGCUGCUUGCCUGGGGGCUGAGGGCCUGGGCAGUGGCUAGAAGCACCAGGCUGUGGCGUGCCAGCUCCUGGAAGCUGGGGCUGAUGUCUGGGUGGUCAGGCGCAGGUGCCACACACCGCAGCACAACUUCUGUGCCAAUGGCUAUGAGGCCCUAGCUGAGCUGCUGCUGCGCCACGGGAUCUACGCUGGAGUCCCCAGUGCAGCAGGCCACACACCCAUGGACUGCGUGCUGCAGACUGUCCAGGAUGCCCCCAACUGGGAACCUGAGGUCCUCUUCACAGCGGGGCUGGACUGCGGGGCCCAGCCUGUGCACCCUGAGAUGCUGAAACACUGUGCCAACCUCCCAAGGACCCUGAAGGUCUUGCUUAAUACCUACCCUUGUGUCCCAUCCUGUAUCACCUGGGUAGAGGCAGUACUCCCAGAGCUAUGGCAGGAGCAUGAGGCCUUCUACAGCUCAGCCCCGGCCAUGGUGAACCAGCCCAGGCAGCUGCAGCACCUGGCCCGGCUGGCUGCACGUGCUCACUUGGGUAACCGCUUGACAGGCACCACCUGACUCCCACUGCCCCAGCUACUCAGGGACUACCUGCUACUGCACGUGGAGGGGCGCAUCCAGUGA